UUUCAAAGUACUUUUUACGUUGCAAUGUCUUUAAAUUAUUUUUGUUAAAAGAUGACGGUUUAUACUCCGGAGGAGAUAAAAAGCCAAUGGAGAGAAAUUGUAGAGAGUCAACGUCUUAUUCACGUAAACCACGUUACUUCAAAAAACGAACGUAGCGAAAUGGAAAAAAUUAAAAAAAAUAUGGAGGAGAAUGUUACAAAAAAAAAAUUUUUUCUUUCAUCAACGUAUGAUCGUUUAUUUCACCAUGGUUCAAGUAAUAUGAUAAGCUUAAACACUCGAGUUGAAAAAUUAAAAAAAAAUGCAUCUUUGUUAUCAUCAUCUGCUUAUGGACAUCGACUGCCACUUGAUGAACCACUUCGAAGAUAUUUUCGGAUAGAACGAAUGCAAAGAGAAUUUUAUAGAGAAAAUGGAAUUACUAAUCCUUUUGAUAACCUUCGUCAAAUAUAGUUUAAUAA